GGCGAGAGCGAAAGAAAACAAUGUGAAUUGAAGGAGGUGGAGGCAGAAAAGGAGCACUAUGGCGCCAAGCGUGAGGUGGUGAAAGAUAGACACUUGAUUGCGUGCCAAGUGGUCAUUGAGGAAAUCGAGUAUUUCACUGGCGCCGGACAAAGUGGACUGCCUCGUCGCCAUGAUACCCGAAGUUGGGGUGAGAGGCGGGAACUUAUCGUCACAACAUUACAUAGUCAGUGCUUGUCAGUCCCCUUCUCCCACCCCCCUCUCCUCCCAACUCAGACUGACUACGGAUCGAUUGUAUGCGCCGCCUUGGCAAGAAUGGUAGAGUUGGCCUUGAGGGAUUGA